UGGUGACCCCCCUGAACUAUACAAAUACUCCCCCUCUAAACUCCCCCACAAUUCCUUCUCUUCACCACCUUUCCCAACUCUAAAUAAUCACCACCCGAAACCAAAACCCAUUAAACUAAUCCCAAAUCAUAGAAGAAAUACAACGAAGAAGAAGAAAGAAGCAGAAGAAGAGGAAGAAAAAAGGAGAAGAAGCUCUCUUUGUUUGUUUUGCAGAGAUUUAAUGGCGACUGAUCUGAGUCUUAACUUUGAGGCGACGGAACUCCGUUUGGGGCCGCCGGGAAAUGGAGAUUCCGCCGGUAAGGGUAUCGGGAAGCGGGGGUUUUCAGAGACGGUGGAUUUGAAGCUCAACUUGAUGGAGCCGGCACCGCUGGAUGUCCCCGCCAGUACCGUCAAGGAUACGGGCGUGGAUCUGACGGAGAAGCUACGUGGUAGUAACGCCGUUGCGGAUCCGGCCAAGCCUCCGGCGCAUAAGGCACAAGUUGUAGGGUGGCCACCAGUUAGGUCAUUUAGGAGAAACAUGUUGGCUACUCAAUCCUCAAAAGGAAACAACCGAAGUGAAGAGGGGGAGAAGAAUGCAGGGGCCACAUAUGUGAAGGUUAGCAUGGAUGGUGCCCCUUAUCUGAGGAAGGUGGACCUAAACAUGUACAAGAGUUACCAAGACCUCUCAAACUCUCUAGAGAAAAUGUUCAGCUGCUUCACCAUGGGUCAAUGUGGGUCUCAAGGAAUUAACUUCUUGAAUGAGAGCAAGCUCAUGGACCUCCUCAAUGGCUCAGAGUACGUGCCCACAUAUGAAGAUAGGGAUGGGGACUGGAUGCUCGUUGGAGACGUCCCAUGGGAGAUGUUCGUUGAUUCAUGCAGGCGUUUACGUAUAAUGAAAGGGUCCGAGGCCAUUGGACUUGCUCCAAGGGCGGUGGAGAAAUGCAAGAACAGAAGCUAAAGUAAGGGAGAGGGCAAGGCAACCAGCUCUAUCUAUAAAAGAAGAGAGAGAAAGAAGAAAUCAAUGGUGGAGAUGUGUGUGUAUCAUGGUGUGUUUGUUGUUAUGUUAAAUUAAAGAUGUUGGGUUAUUUGUUAUGGACACUAAACAAUAACAUUUGGGAUAUUAAGACUCCUUACAGUUGUUUCUUAAGAGUAGUAGUUCUGUCUCUCUUCAUCCACUUCCAUGUAAGGAAAAUGAAAAACUUAUGUGGUUCUGUAUUGUUCUAUGUUAUGUGUUGAUUGGGUUAAUAAAUCGUCGAUGCGGUGUGUUUUCUCUU